UUUAAUUUGAUAUGUGAUAUGAUAUGAAUGAUUGGUGUGAAUAGUGGGAAGAAGGGAGGGAAGAAAGAAAGGUGCGUGAAGGAGACCUAGCUAGAUCUUUCUCUUUCUCUCUGAUUUCUUUCGUGAUCAAGAAGCAGCAGCAGCAAUGGGAUUAUGGGAAGCUUUUCUCAAUUGGCUUCGCAGCCUUUUCUUCAAGCAGGAAAUGGAGUUAUCGCUCAUAGGACUUCAGAAUGCUGGAAAGACUUCCCUUGUAAAUGUUGUUGCUACUGGUGGAUAUAGCGAGGAUAUGAUUCCCACUGUGGGAUUCAAUAUGAGGAAAGUAACAAAAGGCAAUGUUACAAUUAAGUUAUGGGAUCUUGGAGGGCAACCUAGGUUCCGCAGCAUGUGGGAACGUUACUGUCGUGCGGUUUCUGCUAUUGUAUAUGUUGUUGAUGCUGCUGAUCCAGAUAACCUUAGCAUAUCAAGAAGUGAACUUCAUGAUUUGCUGAGCAAACCAUCAUUGAGUGGUAUCCCUUUGUUGGUGUUGGGGAACAAGAUUGACAAACCAGGGGCUCUCUCCAAACAAGCAUUGACCGAUCAAAUGGAUCUGAAGUCAAUUACUGACAGAGAAGUUUGCUGCUUCAUGAUCUCAUGCAAAAACUCGACCAACAUUGACUCCGUUAUUGAUUGGCUUGUGAAGCAUUCCAAAUCAAAGAGCUGAGAACCUAGUUUCUGCAUUGAACUCUUGUGUAAUAUCUUCUCAGUGACGCAUUUGUGGAUUUACUACAGGCUUUAGCGUGUCUAACUUGGUCGAUUGAUUUAUUCUUCCCCCUCCCUAUAUGUUUGGUAAUGUUCUUAUUUUUGAAUGAUAGGGAAUUAAACGGGAUGCCAUACAUGUCAAGGUUACUUUAUGAGUAAAUUAUUGUGUAUUAUCGGUUUAGCUA